AAUUUAAAUAGAGAGGCUGCGUUGAUUCGAAUGACCGGAAUGUACUGUAUCGGGAAUUUUACGGGACUCGUGAACUUGAAGCAAAUGAAUUCAAGUGAGCAUCAUCAGAAAAGUCGGAGAACGAUGAGCAUGAUUACGAUGAGAGACAGAAGCAAGAACAGAAAGCCCCUUCAGAAGGGGAGGAAUCUUAGCAUCGAAGCUAUCCAAACAGUUCAAGCGUUAAAACGAGCAUCCCGGGAUGCAUCAUCCCUGGAGCAAGUGUACGAUAACAAAUUCAGGCGUUUACUCAAAUUUGAUAUGAUUGCUGUUCUCCGCGAACUCCUUCGACAGAACCAAUGCCUUUUGGCCCUUAAGGUUUUCGAGGACGUGAGGAAAGAAGAGUGGUAUAAGCCUAAGUUGUUGCUGAUUGCCGAAAUGGUUACGGUUUUGGGGAGCAAUGGAUUGCUUCAAGAGGCGGAACUUGUUAUCGCCCAACUUAAAGCAGAAAGUUGUCUUCUUAAUCCCGAUCUUGAGGGGUUUAAUGCUUUGCUGCAAAGCUUAAUGAAUUUAAAUCUCACUGGUUUAGCGAUCGAGUGUUUUUAUUUGAUGAAAUCGGUAUCUUGUGACCCCGACAGACUGUCGUUUAAAAUUCUGAUAGAUGGUUUAGAAGCAAAUAAAGAAAUCGAUAUUUUAGCUGUUAUACAACAGGAUGCUCACAGAUAUUACGGCCAAUAUGCCGAUUUCUUAGAGAUGGACUUGACCUUGCCAAAGUGUAACUAGUGAACUCUGUGUAAUAACUUUUCUUCGUUGCCCUAAUUAUUAUACUGCAAAUGUUUAUUUAGUUCUUGUUAA